AUGCAACCACCACCACUACCAAAAUCAAAUUUGCCCGUGUUGUAUUAUGGCGUUUUCAUCAUCGGGACAGCUGCAAUUGUUCUUGUAGUGUACAACCUCAUCAAAAGAAAAUGGUUCACAGGUUACUCCAACAGCAGGCCAAGACAAGGAACAAUUCAUGGCUUUACCUCAAGUUUCGGUGACCCUAGGAUAAACUCAAUGACAAGCUUCAAGUACAGGAAACAUGGACUAGAACAAGAUAAAGAUCAAGAUAUCUGCCUCUACUCUCACUCCGACUGUCCACUUUGUCGUUCCCUGGUUGAGAGAACUGUUCCUCAUCGGAAUAUUCCCGGCUCUCCAUCAGAAUAUUCACGUGAAGGAUUGCUACAAGCAGGCAUAGUAUAG